UUCAAAGAGAUAGGUUAUUGUUUAAGUUUAUUGAAGUCACUUGACAACGACCGUGCACACUCAAUUCCAAGAUGGCGUCGUUUGCAAGCAAACAUUAUGAAACAUGUAGUCAUUUGACAUGUUUUUGACGCUGAAAAUGUAGUUCUCUCAUCUUCAAAAGUUUAUCAUUACGAAAGUGAAAUGCCUGGCGAUAACUGCUCGGUUUUUGGAUGUGGUUCGUGCCGGAGGACGAAGGGAAUCGGCAUCUGGAAACUGCCUUCUGCGCGAAAUGCUGAGUACAAGAAGUGGCGAGAAGAGUGGCUUAGUGCAAUCACGAAAACGAGAGUAAUCGACGAAGAUUUAAAAAAACAGAUCGACAGUGACAAGGUGUUUACCUGUGAGAAACAUUUCAACCCUGAGGAUGUAGAAUUAUUUCAUUCGGAAAAGAUGGUGAAAAAGAAACCAAAGAUUGGAGCUUUGCCGACAUUGAACAUGCCGAAGAGAAGUCAUGAUACAACAAAACCAGCUGCACGUCCUUGGAGAUCUGUGGUAAAUGUCAACCCCAUAACAGAGAGCUCCAAAAAAUAUUAGCAAAGCUUCAAAGACCUCUGUAAAAGAGUAAAAACUCUCAAAACACUGAACGAUUGGAUAGUCCAGGAACUAGAGGACAGACUAGUUUUAAAGAAGAAAAGUUCCCAAGUUAUGCUUCCAGAAAUUCAGAUUAUGAUUGAUGAUAGUCUGGGAUUCACUAUUUAUGUAUUUGGAUGGCUUCUACCUGAAGACCAUGAACUGUACACUACAAACUUGAGAUCAGUUACUAACAUUACUGUGUCUGACCUUGUAAAGAGUAUCGGCACAUUGUCUAUUUGUCCUGAGGUGAAACCAUUUGAAUUGUCAAGCAGUAUCCUGCAUCAUGUAAUUGCAAAGUCUGUUGAUCCUUUGCUCAAUGAUGAUGAUGAUGGUAGUUCAUUUCCACAUCAAGAAUAUUGGAGAACUCGUGGUUGUGCAGUUUUGUUUGAUAAUGGCAAACAGUGUUGUAGUUGUCAUCAUUAUUCACAUAAAUCUGAACUCAGUCACAUGGCAAAGCAAAAGAAACUAGCUGAGCCAGCGCAUCUAUUUUCACCUGUCUCACAGACCACACCAGAGCGAAUUAAGCUAACACUGCAGAUG